AUGACCACCCAGCCUGCGAGGAGUGAUGGUCACGGAACACUGUCCAUACCCGACUUGCCCCCGGAGCUCAUUGACCACAUCAUUGACCGUUUCCGAGAGGAUGCGGCCACUUUGACCGCUUGCAGCCUCACCCACCGCUCGAUGCGCUUUCGUGCGCAAUUCCACCUCUUCCGCACCAUCUGCCUAACACCCCAUCGCUGGACGGAGUACGAGAAGCUGGCGAAGAAGUCGCCACAUCUCGGCUGCGCCGUGCGCCGGCUUCAACUCACGCAACCGGUGCCCCUUCUGCUCAAGUUCGGCGUCCAAGACCCUUCUGGAUUCGCGCAAUUCAUCAAACCACAGGUCCAGGAGGCCAACGAAGAUAAGAAGAUCGUGCCCAUGUUUCCGGCAGCCACGAAGCUUGACCUCAGGAGGCUAGACCACACAGCUUUGACCGUCCCGCUGCUUCGACAGGUCUGCGACCUGAAUAAGGUGGAGUCUGUGCGGAUGCAUAUUUGCGUCGUACCCACGAUGGCCUUCGUUGCGGGGUUCAUCUGUUUGUUCCCGCGCAUGAGGAAGCUCGUCGUCAGCGACCUAUUCGCCAGGGACACGUUCGCCGUAAAGCUCCCGGCGCACAACGCCAUCGAGGGGCCCGUGCCGACGAGGUUUCGCCCCUUGGUCGAAACACUGCGCUUUCCCUUGGGUGGCACUCUCGGAGAAGUCAGCUCGAUCAGCUUGACGAAGUGGUUGUUCGAGCAGUCGUUGCAUGUCCAGCUCACUACAUUGGAGAUCACUGUGGCGCGCCGGCAGGACGCGGCCACUCUCGGCGCGCUUCUACAGGACCUAGGGCCUCGCAUUCAGCACUUGUACCUCGGUGUCGAACAGUUGAACGCAGAUGCUUCUCUCAGCAAACCUCUGACGUUGUCGCGCAACACAGGCCUCCGCACGCUCGCAUUCUGGUCCCUGAAGCUGCACGGUGGCGAGGGAACACCCAAGCCGUCGCUCGCAUGGGUUCCGCGGCUCCUCGCGGAGCUGAGUUCUCCUGCGAUUGAGCACAUCUACUUCCGGCUUCGCGUAGGGGGCGCCUCGCCAUCUGACUUCGAUACCCUCGACUGGGCCGCAGUCAAUGACAUCCUGUGCGAACGUCGAUUUGACUGCCUCCGGAGAGUCACUGUCGAGGUGCUACGUGGACGAGGACUGGUAGAUGCGCUGUGGCCUUAUAUCAAAAAACAGAUGCCCGAGCUGCAUGACCGCGCGAUCGUGUGCCAUAGUCAUCUAUCUGUGGAUACCUGA